UAUAUACAACGGCCCCAUGCAGCUCUCUUGCUACUUGGUGUCAGCUUCUCGACGGUCCUUGCUUCGGUGGAAAGUCGCAUCGCUAGAGGGAGGCGAGCAAAGUAGAAGAUGCAGCUGCCGAUCGUGUUCGCAACGGUGGUGACCCUAGCAGCGGGUCACCCGGGUCUGCUGAAGGUGCCGAAGGUGUACAACGCCGUGAUCACGAGCAACCAGAACCUGUCGCCUUCUCGAGCGUUCCCUGUGAUCCAGCCGGUGAUCCACCGAACGGCGGUCGGUUACGUGCCGCCGAUCUACUACCCGCAAGUGGCGCCGGAAAUUCCCGGUCCGGGGCUGGUGCAUCUUUCGCGAAACGAGCCGAGCCCGAGCAAUCGGGCCGAGGUGCAAGCGGAGGGUGCUGCGGCUGCACCGGUGGAUCUGCCGGUCGAUGUACCGGUUAAUCUACCAGUUGAUGCACCGGUUGAUGCACCGGUAAAUACGCCGGCAGAUGCUCCAAAGGUUCCCGAGCCGAAAAAGGUGGAGUCCUCGGUGGAGAACGGCCAGCCGAAGCCUGGCCCGAGGAACAGGCACGACGAGCAGCCUCUGAGCUUCUAUCCGAACUACCAAUCGCUCUACUACGACCCCUACUUCUACACGUACAGUGGCAUCAACCCGCACCUGGUCCCCGGCACCUACUACGUGGACUAUCAACCCUACGGCACCCUGGACCCAAUCCCCGCGUCCACGCCGAAGAACGGCGACCCGGGGCAGCUGCUUCCAGGCUACCACGAGGAAAGAAAGGACCCAGCCACGGCCGACAAGCCGAAAGUGCCCGACGUGCCUCCGCCUCCGCUGCCCACGGCUGCGCCGAAGGAUUCUUGAGGUCGAUCGGCUGGUCCGAGAGCAUCGGUUCCGCCGAGAUCCGACCGAUCCGCGUAAUCGUGAUAUUCUAGAAGGACAGAGGACGGGAAUGUUUCUGCGAGCGAACCGGAAGUCUGCGAACGGUUCGGUCUGCGAUCGUCUCGUAGGGGGGAUGGAUGGACCAAAUCUCGUCCGCUUUGGCAGGGGAAUCGAUAAACGGACGCUCUGUUAACACAUUCAAUGUCCACGAUCGACCACUAAAAUUCCUACAAAAUCAAAGCAAUUUAACACGUUGAAUGCCACGGGGGUCACCGGUGACCGGCACU